AUGGCGGAAGCGGGAGAAGGUACGAGUUCUUACCCGCUCAGAAAUUUUGAAGAUUACGAAGAAAGAGUAAUUAUGGACUCGAAUAACAGGUUGGAGAAAGAAGAUUCAAAUUUGGCUGGUGAUAAAGUCGAUAUGGUCGCACGAGAAUUGGAAUUAGUUAAGAGAGAAAGAGAUCUGAUGCGGAAGGAGAUUGAGCUUAUGAAGAGGAAAAAUGAAUUACGCCAAGCACCUUCCCCUUCACCUAAACCGCAAACAAACAUUCGGUUAAUUGGUGAUUUAUUAAGCGAGUUCGAUGGCAUAGACAACAACUUUGACCGAUGGCAAAAACAAUUCCUUUUACUAUGCAAUACAUAUGAAUUGGAUGAUGGCUCUGCUAGGAUUUUGAUGGGAUCACGUAUGAAGGGUAAAGCACAAGCCUGGUUUCAAUCAAAACCUGAAUUUCUAAUAAAGGAUGUCGGAGGAAUUCUAAGAGAAAUGAAAAUAAUGUUUGACUGCCGACCGAAUCGAAUGAAAUUGCGGAAAUUAUUCGAAUCCAGGAGGUGGCAAUCGUCCGAAACCUUUUAUAAUUAUUAUCACGACAAAAUAAUAAAAGCAAAUCAGGCCCAGGUACCAGAAGAGGAGAUGUUGGAUUAUCUCAUCGACGGAAUUUCAGACCAGAGUUUACGAAAUCAAGCUCGAAUGCAAAGUUAUGGAUGUUUGGAAGAUUUGGUGCAAGGAUUCAAGAACAUUACCAUGGGACCACGUACCACUUCUAAACCAGUUGUGAAAGAAGUACCAAAAAGCACCGGAAAGGAAAACAACAGAGGGAACCAAGGGAGGAUUCCCAGAUGUUUCAAUUGUGGCAGAAUGGGUCAUCUUGCGAAUGAGUGUCAACAAGCAAAACGAGAGAGGGGCUCUUGUUACCAAUGCGGCGUUUUUGGACAUUUAGUUAAGAAUUGUCCGGCUAGGAACGUGUCGACUGUUGACAAUUAUGGAUCUGAAGAUGAGUUUCAACGUAACUUGAUCUACCAGAUAAAUAACCGAUCCAUAACAUUAUAUACUUUGUUGGAUACGGGAAGUCCAAUUAGUUUCAUUAAAGAAAAAUUUGUAAAGAAUUUCGAGAAAUACACAACUGAUUCAAAUAAAUUUUGUGGCAUUAACCAAUCAAAAAAUGAAAAAAUAUACGAAACUGAAACCGAAGCCAUCCAGGCGAUAAUGAAUAUUGAUGUUACGUAUGAUGACUCUAAUAGUUUUAGUGAAGUAGAUGGUGUUAAAUUAAAUAACCAAUUACCUGAGCAAACCAAAUUAGAUUUUAAGGCGUUAUUUAUAAGAGAAUACCUGCAACCGGAAAGACCUGAGAAACCUAACGUAAACGGCGAAUUGAAGUUAAUAGUUAAAGAUUCUAAUCCUUUUCAUUAUCAGCCGAGACGCUUAUCUUUUUGUGAAAAGAGUAAAGUAAGACAGAUCUUAGAUGAUUUAUUACGUGAUAAUAUUAUUCAACCAAGCAAUUCUGAGUAUGCUUCACCAAUUGUACUAGUUAGAAAGAAAAAUGGAGAAAUCCGUAUGUGCAUUGAUUAUCGUCAAUUAAAUAAGAUACUCAGUAGAGAUAAUCAUCCAUUACCGCUUAUCGAGGACCAAAUAUUAGCACGCAUAAUAAAAAGCAUUUUUCCCGGCUAG